AUGGCCAGAGACAGACUUGCAGCCAUGAGGGCUCAACAGCAAGGAAAUGUGUCGCAAAACUCGUAUCCGACGCAGGCGUCAGGAAACGGGGGGUCUCGCAGGCCGAACCCAUACGCACAACAAGACGACCGUUCCUACGAAAUGGCAGAUGUUAGAGAUAGCCACACCCACCUUGCCCCAUCUUCGCCAGCGAACGGCGCAGGAGGAGACAUGACAGCAUUUUACAGCGAGCUUUCCUCCAUCCAAGAGUCGCUUCGAGCAUUCAAUGACAAUAUUGCACGCAUUGGUGAUCUCCACUCUCGGUCACUCAACAACAUGGACGAUGCUGCCGCCCAGCGAAACGCAGCUCAGCUGGACGAAUUGGUGCAAGAUACAAGUGCACUCAGCACAACACUCAAGCGCCGCAUCAAAGCAUUGGAGGCUCAGGGUGGACCAGGUCGUGAUGGACAGAUAAAGAAGCAACAGGCGGCCUUUGUCAAGUCGAAGUUCGUUGAGGCGAUUCAAAACUAUCAAUCAGUGGAGUCACAGUACCGUACGAAGUAUAAGCAACGUAUGGAAAGGCAGUUCAAGAUUGUUAAACCGGAUGCUACUCCUGAGGAAAUCCGAGCUGUUGUCAAUGAUGAACAAGGUGGACAGAUAUUCAGUCAGGCUUUGAUGAACUCUCGCUACACGGAAUCCCGAGCGGCCUACAGGGAAGUGCAAGAGCGACACGAGGACAUCAAACGCAUUGAAAGAACACUUGCAGAGCUCGCUCAGCUAUUCAACGAUAUGAGCGUCCUGGUCGAACAGCAGGACGAGACUAUCAACGUCAUUCAGGCCCAGGCUGCCAAUGUCGAAAAGGAUACAGAAGCUGGACUGCAAUAUACCGACAAGGCUGUAUCGUCUGCCCGUGCUGCUCGCAAAAAGCGAUGGAUAUGCUUCGUCAUCAUCAUCAUUAUCCUCGCCAUCAUUGGGAUUGUUGUUGGAGUUCAAGUCGCCAAGAACAAUAGCAACAAAUAA